AUGGAGGUGGCUGUGGAGAAGGCAGCGGCGGCCGCGGCUCCGGCAGCGGCCGCCGGGGGGCCCUCGGCGGCCCCGAGCGGGGAAAACGAGGCCGAGAGCCGGCAGGGCCCGGACUCGGAGCGCGGCGGUGAGGCGGCCCCGCUCAACCUGUUGGACACUUGCGCCGUGUGUCACCAGAACAUCCAGAGCCGGGCGCCCAAGCUGCUGCCCUGCCUGCACUCGUUCUGCAAGCGCUGCCUGCCCGCGCCCCAGCGCUACCUCAUGCUGCCCGUGCCCAUGCUGGGCUCGGCCGAGACCCCGCCGCCCCCGCCCGGCCCCGGCUCGCCGGUCAGCGGCUCCACGCCGUUCGCCACCCAAGUUGGAGUUAUCCGAUGUCCAGUGUGCAGCCAAGAAUGUGCAGAGAGACACAUCAUAGAUAAUUUUUUCGUGAAGGACACUACUGAGGUUCCCAGCAGUACAGUAGAAAAAUCUAAUCAGGUGUGUACAAGCUGUGAGGACAAUGCUGAAGCUAAUGGGUUUUGUGUAGAGUGUGUUGAGUGGCUCUGCAAGACUUGCAUUAGAGCCCAUCAGAGGGUGAAGUUCACCAAAGACCACACAGUUAGACAGAAAGAGGAAGUAUCUCCAGAGGCAGUUGGUGUAACCAGUCAGCGGCCAGUGUUUUGUCCUUAUCAUAAAAAGGAGCAGUUGAAGCUUUACUGUGAGACAUGUGACAAACUGACCUGUCGGGACUGUCAGCUGCUAGAACACAAAGAGCACAGAUACCAAUUUAUAGAAGAAGCUUUUCAGAAUCAAAAAGUGAUCAUAGAUACACUGAUCACCAAACUGAUGGAAAAAACAAAGUACAUAAAAUAUACAGGAAACCAGAUCCAAAACAGAAUAAUUGAAGUAAAUCAAAAUCAAAAGCAGGUGGAACAGGAUAUUAAAGUUGCUAUCUUCACACUGAUGGUAGAAAUAAAUAAAAAAGGAAAAGCUCUGCUACAUCAGCUAGAGAGCCUUGCAAAGGACCAUCGCAUGAAACUUAUGCAGCAACAGCAGGAAGUGGCUGGACUUUCUAAGCAGUUGGAACAUGUCAUGCAUUUUUCUAAAUGGGCAGUUUCCAGCGGCAGCAGUACAGCAUUACUUUACAGCAAGAGACUGAUUACAUACCGGCUGCGGCACCUCCUUCGUGCAAGGUGUGACGCUUCCCCAGUGACAAAUAACACCAUCCAGUUUCACUGUGAUCCAAGUUUCUGGGCCCAGAAUAUUAUCAACUUAGGUUCUCUAGUAAUUGAAGAUAAAGAGAGCCAACCACAAAUGCCUAAGCAGAAUCCUGUGGUGGAUCAGAAUGCACAGCCAUCAGGUGGUUUACCUUCAAACCAGUUAUCCAAGUUUCCAACACAGAUCAGCCUAGCUCAAUUACGACUCCAGCAUAUGCAGCAACAGGUAAUGGCUCAGAGGCAACAGGUGCAACGGAGGCCAGCACCUGUGGGUUUACCAAACCCUAGAAUGCAGGGGCCCAUCCAGCAACCUUCCAUCUCUCAUCAGCAAUCCCCUCCACGUCUGAUAAACUUUCAAAACCACAACCCUAAACCCAAUGGACCAGUUCUUCCUCCUCAUCCUCAACAGCUGAGGUACCCACCAAGCCAGAGUGUACCACGCCAAGCAAUAAAACCCAAUCCCCUACAAAUGGCUUUCCUGGCUCAACAAGCCAUUAAACAGUGGCAGGUCAGCAGCGGACAGGCUGCCCCCUCCACCGCCAGCAGCACGUCCUCCACCCCCUCCAGUCCCACCAUCACCAGUGCAGCAGGCUACGACGGAAAGGGCUUUGGUUCACCUAUGAUUGAUUUGAAUUCAUCAGUCGGAGGAAGCUCUUACAAUCUUCCUUCUCUUCCAGAUAUUGAUUGUUCCAGUACUAUUAUGCUGGACAGUAUGGUGAGGAAGGAUUCUACUACAGAUCAUGGACAGCCAAGACCACCCUCAAACAGAGCAGUCCAGUCACCCAAUUCCUCAGUGCCAUCGCCAGGACUGGCAGGACCUGUUACUAUGACUAGCGUCCACCCCCCAAUACGUUCACCUAGUGCCUCCAGCGUUGGGAGCCGAGGAAGCUCUGGCUCUUCCAGCAAACCAGCAGGAGCAGAUUCUACUCACAAAGUCCCCGUGGUCAUGUUGGAGCCAAUCCGAAUCAAACAAGAAAACAGUGGACCACCUGAAAAUUAUGAUUUCCCUGUUGUUAUAGUGAAACAAGAAUCAGAUGAAGAAUCUAGGCCUCAAAAUACCAACUAUCCCAGAAGCAUACUCACUUCCCUGCUUCUAAAUAGUAGUCAAGGUUCUGCUUCUGAGGAAACUGUGCUAAGAUCUGAUGCCCCUGAUAGCACAGGUGAUCAACCUGGGCUCCAGGAAAAUUCCUCCAAUGGAAAGGCCGAGUGGCUGAACACCUCCCAGAAGUCACCCCUUCAUAUUGCUGAGACGAGGAAGGAGGACGACCCCAAUGAGGACUGGUGUGCAGUUUGUCAAAAUGGAGGAGAACUCCUGUGCUGCGAGAAGUGUCCCAAAGUCUUCCAUCUCUCCUGCCAUGUGCCCACCUUGGCAAAUUUUCCAAGUGGAGAGUGGAUUUGUACUUUCUGCCGAGACUUGUCAAAACCCGAAGUUGAAUAUGAUUGUGAUGCUCCUAGUCACAACUCAGAAAAAAGAAAAUCCGAAAGCCUGGUGAAGUUAACACCAAUAGACAAAAGGAAGUGUGAACGCCUACUUUUGUUUCUUUACUGCCAUGAAAUGAGCCUGGCUUUCCAAGACCCUGUUCCGCUAACUGUGCCUGAUUAUUACAGAAUAAUUAAAAAUCCCAUGGAUUUGUCAACCAUCAAGAAAAGACUCCAAGAGGAUUAUUACGUGUACACAAAGCCUGAAGAUUUUGUAGCUGAUUUUAGAUUGAUUUUUCAAAACUGUGCUGAAUUCAAUGAGCCUGAUUCAGAAGUAGCCAGUGCCGGUAUAAAACUUGAAAGUUAUUUUGAAGAACUCCUAAAGAACCUUUAUCCAGAAAAAAGGUUUCCUAAACUCGAAUUCCGGAAUGAAUCAGAGGAUAACAGGUGUAGCGAUGAUUCAGACGAUGACUUUGUUCAGCCCCGGAAGAAACGCCUCAAAAGCACCGAGGAACGCCAGGUGCUUAAAUAAGUAGCACCAUUGGCAUAUGCUUAUUUUUAGAUUUUUUUUGUCUUAUUGUUUCAAAAACAAAAAACACUUGCCAUUAAUUUAACCUCCUGCAAAGAUGAGUUUGUGAGACCUCUGAUCUAUUUUCAUUGUUUACCAGACUUUGGUUUCCUGAAAUGAAAUUUUUUAACUUAUCAAA